GCCAGUCUGCAACUGCGUGACUGUAGAGGAGAGGAAUGCCUCUCAGCGUGUGACAGCACACACACACACACACACACACACAAACACACACAGGCACCAUGACCCGCCCGGAGUGGGGUUCCGCUCACUCGCACACACACGCGCGCGCACACGGACGCACACACACACGCGCGCGCAGCCCGGGGAAAACGAUGUGAGAGGUUGGUAAGAGGUGAAGUGCCUUUCCUGAGGUUUGCUGCUGCCGCCGCCGCUUGGAACCGCUUCCGGAACAUUCUCCGCCGCUUGCCCCGCCGCCCGCCGACUCCAGCACACCUGUGCCUGCCCUGCGACCCCCACCUGACCCCCUGAGGCCCCCCGCUACAGACGCCAAGCUCCGCCCCCGAACGGCCGGCCUGUCUCUGAGAAGCCCGACGGUUCCCUCCCUCUCUCACUGGUUCACCCCGGGUCUCGCUCCUCUACUCCCGCCGGGCAUCAGCAGCGAGUUCCGGUUCCGGUCCAAACGGGUUUUUCGGGUCGCCGAGUCGCCGCACAGGAGGUUCCAGCGCCGGUCGAAUUUCCCGCCGCCUGUUAUCGCGGUUCGUCUCCAAGGACAAGGACACGAGGCGACACUAAUAUAUAUUUUGAGUCACGCGUUGAGCGAACGGUCGAGCUAGACGAGGGACGCCGCGCCUCGCCCGGAUUUACCCGCGUCCGCCCGCACGCCCCCCCCCACUCGCGUCGCCAUGGCGGCGAACAUGGCGCACAUGCGCGACACCAAGUGGCUGACGCUGGAGGUGUGCCGCGAGUUCCAGAGGGGCACCUGCUCCCGCUCCGACAUGGAAUGUAAAUUCGCCCACCCGGCCAAGAGCUGCCAGGUGGACAACGGGAGGGUCAUCGCCUGCUUCGACUCCCUCAAGGGACGCUGCUCCAGGGAGAACUGUAAGUACCUGCACCCUCCACCGCACUUGAAGACUCAGCUGGAGAUAAACGGGCGGAAUAACCUGAUCCAGCAGAAGAACAUGGCCAUGCUCGCUCAGCAGAUGCAGCUCGCCAACGCCAUAAUGCCUGGGACACAGCUGCAGCCCAUGCCGAUGUUCUCGGUGGCGCCCAGCCUGGCCGCCAGCCCCAGCGCGGCUGCGUUCAGCCCGUACCUGGGCCCCGUGUCCCCGGGGCUGAUGCAGGCCGAGAUCCUGCCCAGCGGGCCCAUGCUGAUGGCCGGGAACCCCAACCUCUCCGUGCCCAACACCGCCACGCACCAGAAACUCAUGAGGACAGACCGGCUGGAGGUGUGUCGGGAGUACCAGCGAGGGAACUGCUCCCGGGGCGAGACGGACUGCCGUUUCGCCCACCCGUCCGACAGCACCAUGAUCGACACCAACGACAACACGGUGACGGUGUGCAUGGACUACAUCAAGGGCCGCUGCUCCCGCGAGAAGUGCAAGUACUUCCACCCGCCCGCCCACCUGCAGGCCAAGAUCAAGGCCACCCAGCACCAGCUCAACCAGGCCGCAGCUGCGGCAGCCAUGACUCAGUCGGCUGUCAAAUCACUGAAGCGACCCUUCGAGGCAACCUUUGACCUGGGCAUGCCACCAGCAGUCAUUCCGCCGUUACCAAAGAGACCCGUGCUUGAAAAAACCAAUGGUGCCACGCCCUUGUUUAACACUGGAAUGUUCCAGUACCAACAGGCCCUUGCCAACAUGCAGUUCCCACAGCACACGGCCUUUAUACCAUCAGGCUCAAUAUUGUGCAUGACACCCGCAGGAAGUGUUGUUCCCAUGGUUCACGGUGCCCCACCAGCCGCUGUGUCUGCAGCAUCCACAUCUGCCACAAGCGUUCCCUUCGCAACCGCCACAGCCAAUCAGGACUCUCCCUUAUCAAAGUUGACUACCCACGAAUACAUGCACUUGAUUCCAAUAAUAUCUGCCGAUCAUCUGACUAGUCACAAGUACCUGACUCAGAUGUAGGAGGUCUGUCAGAACAAUCGUAUGAAAAUGGAUUCAACGUGGACAACAUUCUGGGACAGGACGUGAAUAAAGUAAAAAAUUAAAAAAAAGACAAAAAAACUCACCCCCCCCCCCCCUCUGCUAAUGCCCCAUCCCACCUCAUACAUGAAAACAUCGGGUGGGGGCGGGGGCGUCUGUAGAUCGCACACGCCACCUGUACACAGCCUCUCCUGUACACAAGCCACCUACACACACCGUCUCCAGCCAGCCCUUCUGCUGAGACAAACCGUGUUGUUUACAUUGCUGUCUGCCUUUCUACUAGCUGUGGGUGGUACACACACACACAUACACACACACACACACACACGUAAAAAAUAUACUUAAGAUCCUCCACCGUACCACAUACAAUGUGUCAGGCCUGACCGUGGUGUUGCUGCACCAAAGUGUGCACAGUGUUGGUACGUCAGUAGACCAAGAGCUACUUCUCUCUCUCUCUCUCUCUCUCUUCUUCCUUUCAUUUAAAUUUAUUGAGUUUAUAAUGGUUUACAAAAUCACACAGAUGCACCUUGUGUUUAGAUGUAAAAAAAAACAAAAAAACCUGACAAAGUAUGAAAUAAUAAUUUUAAAAAUAAAAGAAAAUAAAAAAAAACAGAGCCAUAUUAGAUAAAAACCAUCACACAAGCACAGUAUUUUAAACUAGAUCUAGUGAGAUCGAUUGUAAACAGAGGCAAAAAGACAGAUGAAUGUUUUUUCUUUUUUGUCACACGCAGACACACACACACACACGUGCUGUUGGCUCCACAUCGAAGUGCCAUAGACUUAUACAUCCAAAAAAUAUAUAAAAUAAUAAUAAUAAUAAUAAUAAUAAGUCAGAGAGUGUUAUUCCUGCAGUGUUAUUUAGUUUAACAAAACCGACAGGUUUCAUACUUAUUGUUUUGUUGUUUUGUACAUCUCUCUCUCUCUCUAUUUCGUGUUUGUGCCAUUAUUAUUAUUAUUAUUAUUAUUAUUUCUGUCUGCACCUCUGUCUGUUUCACGUUGUCACACAGGGCUUCCCUGCAGCACUCUGCUCUGUGUUUGAGGGCAGAAAAGCAGCACAUCCUUUUUUCCCGCCCCCCCCCCCCCCCCCCCCCCCCCCCGCUCCCCCGUGCUGGGUGUGGCGGGGUGCGGCUCUGCCAUGUCGGCCCUGUGUGACGAAGCAGUCCCCGGGCCGAUCCCGGCUCCAGUCCCGCGGCAGAAAGCGUGACUCUAAAUAGCCGAAAAAGACGCUCGUUCCAAAAAAAAAAAAAAAAAAAAAAUUUCAUACAAAAAAAACGUUAACCAAAAGAGAGUCAGGGGCAAGGUGCAAAGGAUGGGAUUUGUAUCUCUUUCAUUUUAUUCUUUUUUUAAAAAAAAACAUGUGAUUUUAUUUUGGUGUCAUGAUUAUAUUGCGAUUGUUUUAUCAUUGUGUUGUUUUUUAAAGAGUACUUGUGUAAAGAUUAUAUGCCUGAGAUGGCCUUUUCAAAAAUUAUACUUUUUUUUUUUUUUAAUAGAUGUGUGUUCUGUAAUUAUGAGUUCUGCCAAAGGUGUUUUUUUUUCUCUCUUUUUUGGGAGGAUUUGGGGUUGGGUAGUGGUCUACUGAUGAGUGGGCUAAUUCCAGAGGGUUUUGUGUAAGGAAGUGGGAGAGUUUCUGUCCUAGAACCCUCUGCACUUCCCCAAAUGCACUAUGGGUAGCUGAGUUUGACUCUGAUGCCCUACAAAGGAAGUCACAUAGGUUCAAAUAUAAAAUCCAAAAUGUAACUCGUGUUUUUAUUUAUGUCAAAAUAGACAGCACAUAUUUUUUCGACUUGUUUUUUUGCCACGUGCCUACAUUUCAAUAUUUUAUUUUAUGCAUGCAUUGCACAAUAUAGAGAAAAAUCUAAUAUACGGAGUUUGCACAGUAUAUGUGCACAGUGUAUGCAUACGAUUGUGAAUACGACAGUGGCAACCGAUGUCUUGCGUGCCAUAUUUUGACAUGCGUUAAAAAAUACAUUCCUUAUAUUUUGGAUUUCAUGUUUUGCUAUCUAUUGCCAUAUUUGACUUUUCGACGAGGGUGUCGUGGUGUGGGGAUGAGGUGUGUAUUUACAGAUCGUUCUGUACCAAUGUUACAGCCUUAGAUUUCAACAUGGCUUUCAGUCCAUGUCAUUUCAAUCAUGACCCGUGUGUGGGGGACACCAUGUUUAAGCGUUUCAUCAUCAGAUUCUGUCUUUCAUUUUCCUUUCAUUACAUUAAUUGUUUUUCUGUUUCAUCUCUGUCUCUCACAUUUCACUUAGAAAGAUUAUGUAUCGCCAACAUGAUUGGUUGGUUGUAAUGUUUAGUGGUUUUUAGUCUUACUGUGUUUUACCUAAUAUGAUCAUAUGUCAUUUAUAGAUUACGAAAUGUAUAGACCCCCCCCUCCCUCUCCCCCUCCAUAUUCAUAGUUUUGAAUUUAUUUCUAGUGUGGGUUUAAGUAUUCUUACUCUUGUUACUGUUAAGGGUUUUUAUUUGUAGUGAAAUGUAUGUAUGUCUCUCAUUGUUUCUGUUCGUUGGAAUUCGUAGAACAAAAGCUCUUUUAUAUGGAUAUAUCUUACGACUAGGAAAGAGAGAAGUCUAGUUGUUGCUGUAGCAACAAGUCUGGCUGACAGUUGAAUAUUUGAACUUUUUUUUUAACUCGUCACUAUUAUGGGGAAAUAUAGAUAACACUGUUAAAAAUCAAAGUUAUCAGAGUAUAAAAAAGUUAUUUUCUACUGUAUCCAUUAAAGAAAUAAUCUAUUGCUUAAAUAUUUCUAAAAUCCCUGGAUGCAGGCUUGUUUAAAAAAAAAAAAAAAAAACUUAAAAACGGCGUCAUCGGCGACUCGGAGGCUUCUAAAGUUAUCGUACGUUUAAAGGAGGCUGAGCGUCGAUCUGCUGCGAACGAGUCAGAACCGAAGGGACGAAGGUUGACUUUUUGCACUUCUGUAUAUAGUGAAAAAGAGAGAUAAACGUGUAUAAUAUUGAGAUCUUAUUUUGAAUAAAAAAAAGUCUAUAAUUAUAUGGAAUUUUGCUAGGUUAAUUUAAAAAAUAAAUUAAAAUUAAAUAAAAGUCCUGCUCAAACAGAAUUGCUUGCAGACGCAUCGCCGGGCUGAUCUGCUCCUUUGAGAAAAGGCGACACGUUCCUCUUGCUUCUGUGGCAAUGGCUAAUUCGCCAGGAAUCCUUCAGCAGGUUAGAAACUGCACUUGCGUAGUAUAACCGAACGGGGCUCCCUUGCCUGGAAUAACCAGAACGCCGCAAACGUUUCGCGAAUUGGUUGAUGGGAGACGUAGUCCGGUACUUGUCGAACGCUUUUUAAUAUUUCAUGCCGGUGACUUGACCUCCCUUUUUGCUCUCCGUGACAAAAUUUGUGAGGCUGUUCCGUUUGAAUGUACCCCUAUAGCACAGCUGUUGCGGUGCUACACUCACAUGGGCCCAGCCGAAGCCUACAAGUUUGUUUUUCAUCAUUUUUGUGCAUAGCCUUCAUACAGACAUUUAGUUGCAUGCUAUAAAGCAAAAUCAACACAUUCAAUAAAAUACAACGUGUUAUACCACAGUAAAUAUUUAAGAUAAACCGCAUAAUAUCAAUAUAAUGGGCUUAGAAAUAAGUUUAAAAAAUAACCAUUGGUUUUAUCGUCCCUAAGGGGAAAUCAAGUCUAUUUUUCGUAUUUUAAAGCACGCUCAACGCGGUCGACUCUGAUUUGUCCAGCAAAUGCAUGUGACGCAUCAGAGCCAAUCCGAUUAAAAUGUGUUGGAGUGUCGCUUUAAAACAACCACAUCGACAACGACGAACAACAGAAAGUCCCAAACGCUCCAUUACCCGUAGACUAAUAGUAAAGACAGAUGUAGGUGCAGUAUAGGUGCCGACGUAAAAUAACAAUGUCCCUGUUUUCUGGCUACUGUGCUUACAGCAGAUGAGAUGAGAGCAUUAAUUAAUAGUACAUUUGGAACCAUAGUUUAUGCAAAGGAUAAAUUACUUGUAUCCUGACACGUUGCUCUAAAUCAGGCGAACCAAAGCAUCGUUCUCCUCCCUCGACAGAAUCGGCAGAAAUUCCCGCUGAUUUGCUCCGACUGUCUUUCACCCGAAACAGGUGGUCACGCAAUGAUCUCCUGUCAUCUGCUCAAAGUACGCGCGCCUGGGGCUUCUAAUUCUGUGCAAUCAGAGACUUACUUUUUCGCUUGUAGUUGCUAUAAAACAAUGUACUCUGUCUUCAGCUGCAAUUGGUUUUUGUGCUAAUUUUAUUAUUACUGCUAUAUUUGAUUCUUGCUGUUAUAAAAUAAAAAAAAAGACAUAAAACAAAAUAAAAGCGGAUUUGCGCAAAAA